AUGCUUGUUCCCAAAAAACAAUUGUCUCAUUUGAUUGCUGUCAGUAAUGGGUUAUUGAAGAAGAAUACAAAUACAUUCAUUAAGUCAAUUCAUACCCAAGCAAAUUCUCAAAUAUAUAAGAAUGCUUCAAUUAAACCAUUAUUCACUUCAAAUGGUUUACUUAAAACUUCAAAAUCUUCAAGAUUUUUCUCAUCUGCAACUCAUUUGAAAUAUUCUGAAUUGGAAUUCCCUAAAACAAUUCCAAAAUCUAAAACUUUUUUAAAUGAUACAAGAUUUGGUAAACUAGUUAAAUAUUCAAUCAUUGCCGUUGGUUUAGGUACAACAACUAUUGGAACUUUGAUCUUGGGAUUUUUCAUCUAUGAUGCAACAACCUAUCAUCCAGAUGAAAUUCCAGAUAACAUCAAAAUCAAUACCCUUGCAUUAAACCCAAAUAAAGGUGGUCCUGAAAAUUUACCAGUUUUGAAAUAUAAUUUGGAUGAUUAUGAUACCCCGGAAAAGGAACAUUUACGUUAUAGACCAAAAUUGGUUGUUUUAGGUUCCGGUUGGGGUUCUGUUGCUGUUUUGAAAAAUUUAAGUCAUAGUGAUUAUGAUGUUACUGUUAUCUCUCCAACAAAUUAUUUCUUAUUCACUCCUUUAUUACCUUCUGCCGCUACUGGUACUUUGGAAGUUAAAACUUUAAUUGAAAGUAUUAGAAAAAUUGUUAAUAAUCUUGAUGGUCAUUAUUUAGAAGCUUUUGCUGAUAAAGUGGAAUUUAGUGAUAAAUUGGUCAAAGUUCACCAAUUUGAUAAACUAACUGGUGAAAAGCAAGAAUUUUAUGUUCCUUAUGAUAAAUUAGUUGUUGCAGUUGGUUCAAAUUCAAAUACUCAUGGUGUUGAAGGUUUAGAAUAUUGUAAUCAAUUGAAAACUGCUGAAGAUGCCGUUUCUAUAAAGAAAAAAAUUACUUAUCUUUUGGAAAAAGCUUGUUUACCAACAACUUCUGAUGAAGAACGUAAAAAAUUAUUAAGUUUUGUUGUUUGUGGUGGUGGUCCAACUGGUGUUGAAUUUGCUGCUGAAAUUUAUGAUUUAUUAAAUGAAGAUUUACCAAAAUCUUAUCCAAAUAUCUUGAGACAAGAAUUAAGUGUUCAUGUUAUCCAAUCAAGAUCAAAUAUCUUGAAUACUUAUGAUGAAAGAAUCUCUGAAUAUGCAACUGAAAGAUUUAGAAAAGAAACUAUUGACGUCUUGACAAAUUCAAGAGUUGUUAAGGUUUUACCUGAUGAAGUUAUUUUCAAUCAAGUUAAUGAAACAACUGGUGAAAAAGAAUUGAAAAGUUUACCAUUUGGUUUAUGUUUAUGGUCCACUGGUGUUGCUCAAAAUCCUUUGGCUAAAGAAAUUGUUUCGACUUUACAUAACUCUCAAAGAAAUAAAAGAGCCAUUGAAACUGAUGCUCAUUUAAGAGUUUAUGGAGCUCCAUUAGGUGAUGUUUAUGCUAUUGGUGAUUGUUCUACUGUUAGAACUGAUUUGGCUGAUCAUACUGUCGAAUAUGUUCGUAAAUAUAUUGUUGAUAAACAUUUAAAACAUAUAAGCUCAAAUGAAAUUAUAACUGAUGAAGAUAUUAAACAUUUGAAAUUGAAUUAUUCAGAAAUUUUUGAAUUGGGUGAAGAAAUUUCCAAAAAACAUCCACAAGCUUCUGAAGCUUUGAAUUUCUUGAAUGAAUUAGUUCCAAGAUAUGAUGUCCAUCAAACCGGUCAUUUAUAUUUCAACCAAAUUGCUGAUUUGUUAAAAGAUAUUGAUUCAAGAAUCACUUCAUUACCAGCCACUGCUCAAAGAGCUCAUCAACAAGGUAAAUAUCUUGGUAAAAAAUUGUCAAAAUUGGCAAAAUCCUCAGCUUCUUUAACUGUUAAUGAUAUAUUGGAUGGUGAUAUUGAUGAUGCUGUCUCUAAACCAUUCCAAUAUAAACAUCUUGGUUCAUUAGCUUAUAUUGGUAAUUCUGCUGUUUUCGAUUUACCAGGUUAUUCAUUUGUUGGUGGUUUAGUUGCCAUGUAUUUGUGGAGAGGUACUUAUUUUGCCCAAUCUGUUAGUUUAAGAGUCAGAGUGUUGUUAUUCUUGGAUUGGUUGAAGAGAGGUUUGUUUGGUAGAGAUAUCUUGAGUGUUUAA